AUGGCAUCAAAGUCCUCGCGCUCUGCAAGGGUCUUCGCGUUCCUGGUGCUUGUGGCCUGCCUCCCUUCCCCCGCCUUCGUCGGGAGCCCGAGCCGAUCUCCGACGUCAAGGCAGCCGCAUGAGAGGGGCCUGCAAGCUCGGCGAGCGCAAGCGACCGCGGAGUUCGAAGUGGGCGACGCAGUCCGCGCACUGCAUGCAGACCACCAGGAGUGGUACGAAGGCGUCAUCCAGGGCAUCAACCCAGAUGGCAGCUACUCCGUUCAGAUGGACACCCCGGACUAUGCCGAGUGGGUCGAUGUGCCCAAGGAUCUAGCGGAGCCGCUCUUCGUGUACAAGGUUCCGGACAUGCGGUACCGCUGA